CACCUAAAAAUAGAAACAAAAUUUACGAUCACGGAACUCCUUUUUUUUUUGUGUUGGUUAGACUAAUUUUGAUGCCGAUUUUAAUGGGCAUGGUAGUAGGACCUGAUUUAAAUCACUAUAUAAUCAAUAAUCAUGGAUCAAAGAAGUGAUGAAUGGAUAUCCACGAAAGUUUUGUUUUGUUUUGUAUUAUUUUGUGCGUCGGUGUGUGGCGAAGCCUCUCCACGAGUGGAAAACAAUGGCAUAGACUUCGAUAUCGAUAACCUGUUAUCGUCUCUUGAUACUGCUGUAGAUUCUAUAUUUGAUCUCCUAGGAGAUGCCGAUGGAUGUGUUCACAAAUGUCCCAACGGUGAACAACCUGUACCCAAUCCUCAUCAUAAACCUUCAAGUAAUGGAUGUGGUAUAUCAAAUGUGCUGAUUGAUACGACAGUUAUGCCUGGUGUUACCAAGUGCUGUGAUAAACAUGAUUUCUGCUAUGAUACUUGUAACUUUAGUAAAGAAAAAUGUGAUGAUAAAUUCCAGGAAUGUUUACUAAAAAUAUGUCAUAAAUUAAAAAAUGUGUUCUCUGAAGAUGCUCUGCAAGGAUGUAAGACCACGGCGGAUUUGAUGUAUGCUGGUGUUAUGGCUCUAGGAUGUAAACCAUAUAGAGAAUCCCAAAAAGAAGCAUGUCUGUGUCCCAAAUCUAAAAACAAGACUGAAUUAUAGAAUAUAUUAAAACAGCUAGUAUGUUCCUUGAUACGAGUCUGUAAUAAGGUUCCUCCAUUUCUCAGUAACCUGUCUUUCUCCAUUAUUUUAUGGAAAAUGUUGCUGACUAUUUAUUUUAUUUCAUUCCAUAAAUAUAAAUUUCUUUAUAUGUUUUUAAGAUAA